CAAGGCUGGGCGCUGGUUCCCGCUGGGACACCGCGGCACUCUGCGGAUCCCUCAGGAUCAGCUUGAAUGAACUGCAUCUUGUAUCAGCCUGGCAGGCAGCACGACUGCAAUGGCUCAAGUGAAAUCAAGACCUGGAUUUUCUGGCCACGAAGCCCAGGACUCCAGACCCGGGUACACUCAGCCUUCAAAGAGAUGGACACACCAGAGGCACUGGACCCUGGAAUCCUCUCAGAGGGCUGUAGGGAGCCUAGCCCUGGGUGUGAAUCUUUCCUGGGACACCUCCAAGCUGCCCUUCGCAGUCGCUUCCACUUCCUGCUACUGGGGAUACACCAGACACAGCUGCUCUGCCCGGAGCUCUGCCAAGCCUGGUAGGAGAGGUGGGGUAUGGGAAGAAUGGCCUAUGUUUUGGGUGGGGUAGAAGGCAGGAUCUGCAGCUUGCAGGCCAUAGUGUUUAAAGGGAUAUGGCCUACCUCCAACGCAGCCAAGUUCAUGAAGCCUAGUGUUUUGAGGAGAAGCAGAAAGGGGCAGAGCCUGUAGAGCGCCUGGCUUUUUAGAUUGGCAGUACAGAGGCUGGCCUCCCAUGGACCCAGUUUUUAAAUAAAGGGACGGGGCCUCUUGACU